GUAUGUCUAUCACAGCUCGCAGUGGAUGGUGGCGGGAAACACGGACCAUUCGUGCAUCACACCUCGGCUUUAUAUCCACCCGGAUUCCCCCUGUUCGGGAGAGACGUGGAUGAGGCAGAUCAUCAGCUUCGAUCGGGUGAAGCUAACCAACAAUGAGAUGGACGACAAAGGGCAUAUAAUUUUGCAAUCAAUGCACAAAUACAAGCCCAGAGUCCACAUUAUUAUCCAGGAUUCCCGAUUUGAUCUUUCCCAGACCCCAUCUUUGCCUGCAGCUGGUGUUCAGACCUUUUCUUUUAAAGAAACCGAAUUUACAACUGUCACCGCCUAUCAAAACCAGCAGAUAACAAAACUGAAGAUUGACCGGAAUCCCUUUGCUAAAGGAUUUAGAGACCCUGGAAGAAACAGAGGAGUUUUGGAUGGACUUCUGGAAUCCUAUCCAUGGAGACCAUCUCUGACCUUAGAUUUUAAGCCUUUUGGGACGGAACAUCAGA